AGUCACUUCCGGGUUAGCGUCAGAUUGAGCGUGUUGUUGACUCCACAUCGCUGUUUUCUCGUAGUUGUUUGUUCUCUGUAAAUGUCGCAAUGAUGUAGAUAAAGAGGAUUGUUUUAAACCGUCCAUGACACGCGUGACCGGCGUCCGUCCGUGCGGGAUUCCGCGUGAAGAUUGUGUGCACGUGAUCGACUAAAGGGAAGAAGAAAGAUGUGGCAGAGUGUUGGUCUGACAGUGCUUGUGAUCGUGGCCACGCUGAUAUGCGUUCUGCUCUUCAUGCUGUUUGGGUGGUAUGUGGUGUGGCAGCUCUUCCUGUCGAAGUUUAAGUUCCUGCGGGAGUUGGUGGGUGACACCGGUUCACCUCAGACAGAAACCGAGCCCUCGGAGUCCGAGAGUGAGCGUAGCUCGCCCCCGACGCCCCGCCACCGACCCAAGACGGCCCGCCAAAGGAUCGCCCCUCUUGACAGCACUACAUAGAGCCUAAACCAACAUCAUUAAAUAACCGUUGUUCUUUUAUAAGCUGAAAGUGGGCUCAUGCGUGUGACACAUGUCACAUCAGUCACUGUGCUUUCCUUUGCAUCCACUUAGUUGUCAUGGUUACACCGGUUCUCCUUACCACACUUUAAUACGACUUGAUCUCACGUCACUUCAGGUUUUGUUGUCAGCUCGGCCACGCAUUCACAUCCCAACUAACACGCUGCUAUAGUCGACCUGGCCCGGAAAACCGCGUGAAAGUGUAAAUAUGUUCACGUGAAGAGUGUAUUGUUACGUAUCAGUUUCACUGUAACAGAUCUGUCGUAAUCUAAUCAAACAAACUGAAUUACAGCUGACAACCAAACAUCCAACAUUUCUGUGUGCUAACAGCAUCACUAUACUGACAUUUAUCCAGUAAGUGCAAUGAAGCGUCUUUAUUUUUAUUUUAAGUGGAAAGGUUACAAAACAUUUGCUAGGAUUGCACAUCACAACAAUGUUAAGAUUCGCCCUAUUAGUAAGGUGAUGAUGCUGCGUUUCUUGUGCAGUUUUGGUUUCUUCGGGCAUGUGUGCUUUAAGACAACUGUCGCAGGGUUUGUGCUGCUUGUUGGGUUCAAUUUUAGGGGAUGGUUUAUUCCAUGCCAUUCCCAGCUUUCUGGAAGCUUUAGUAGGAAGCUUCACUGACCCCAGAUCAGCCCAACCCUGCUUGAAAUCUUACUGUGCGUACUCACACAAAACCUGUAGCGGUAUUCAAAGGUUAUCAUUUUGUUACAAAAUGUAUUCUAAUGGAAAUGCAGUUGAUGGAGCUUUUAACGGUCGAUGUGAUUUUUUUUUUUUGGCAGUAGUUUUUCCCUUUCAUAAUAAAUAUAUUUCAUAAAACAA